UCAGCGAGAUGAUACGUGUGCACUUAUCGGCUGACUGUUUAAUGGACUGAAUGUAAUCCUAAGUCACCUGGAGAUGCGGUAAAUCUGUUUUUUCAACGCAGCAAAUUGAAUCGGUAUGAGAUCCUUAUACUUUGAUCCCGGUGGUGCGUCAUACUCCACGUCAAAGUUACAAAUCUGGUCAAUGAGGAAAGGUCUUGUAUUCCCAAGCUUUGCUUGUAUAUCAAACCUGUAAAACAAAAAAUGAUUAGAGGUGCAGUCUUCAUCUCUAUAAAAGGGUGUUGGGCGCUGGGGUCAUAACUCAGUCUCAAAGUUUCCCUUUCGUCGAACGGACGAGGAGAAAACGUCUCAAGAACUUUGAAGUUGGCGAGAAGUUAUCUGAGACCUACGCCAUGUCGGCUCAUCAGUUCUCCGGCCUAUCAGUUCUCCGUCUCUUCCCAGCCCUGAUGCUGCUGUUCCUGCCCGUGUUUACCGCCAUGCCGAGGCAGAAGAUCACCGGACUGGGCCCGGUACUACAGAAGCGAGUGGCCCACGUGCAGCUCGGAGCACCGAGUCACACGGAAUUGUUCGGUAUGUACGAUGUUGAUUCCGAUGGUUUCUUGGAGCCCGUUGAGCUGAUGUUGCUUCUGCAGCGGCCCGACCAGGUCAACGCAGUGGACGAGUUCGUUCAUAAGCUGAAGACGGUCCUCACCAUAUCCGAAACAAACGGGGAUGGGAAGUUGGACAUUAGCGAGUUCACCGAGGCUGUGUCCGGAGACUCGCGUGCUCCUAAGCAGGUUGAGGCCUCCGGGGCUUUUGAGCUCUUCGACGAAAAUGGGGACCAAAUACUGAAUUAUACGGAGGUAGUCAAUGCUAUUCAACGUAUGACCGGAACUGCGCCCUCUAGGGACCUCGUCGAGCAGAUGUUCGCCAGCACGGACGCCAACAGUGAUGGCGCCAUCGACGAAAUCGAGUUCGCUCGAGCCAUGCAAGUAAACGGAGAGAGUGAAAUCCACAUCAAGUAACCGACCUUGCGAGGAAUCGCACCCACCGUCAAAACAGAGGUCAAAGAAAAGUAUCCAAGCUAUUUCCAUAUUGCGCCACCACCCGUCAACGAAUGCGUGUCACACAUGCUUAUGGUGCUUCUUUUUCCACUGCAAAAAUAAUAGACCUCAGCCUCGACUCCAUGGGCG